AUGGUUUUACUUAUUCACAUUGGUGCUGGCAACCACGGGUCUCUGCGAAAACAACAAUACCGAAAGCUAAUUCAGCAGGCGCUUUUGCUGGGGCUGGCAAUGGCCGCCCUGGAGAUCCUUGAGAGGCUGGAGUUUACCAACACCGGCUACGGCAGCUCCCUCAAUUUGAACGGCGCCGUCGAAUGCGACGCCUCCUUCAUCAUGAGCCUGGUCCCGUUAUCCAAUCAUCAGACCCCGGCGGUGGGCACCCCCAGCGACGUCUUUCUCGAUAGCGUUAGCGUCGACCCCCUCGACCGCAACUCGUCCCGCCUGCCCCUGCUGGUACUGCUUGCCAGUCCCGACGGCUUGCUCGUCAAUGAGCGGAAGCUCUACCCUACUAAACGUCUUCGAUUGGAUAGCAUGGCGUCGGCCCGAGUUCCCGUGGUGGAGGACUCGCUUCGCGUGGCGGGGUUGCGGUCGCCUCCCCAAAGAGGUACGGUGGUGGGGAUCCACGAUAGCGCUACUCCCAUCACCACUGCCGUCAAAGUGUUUGAAGGGAUAUCGCAAUUGUACGACGACCGCAAUUUCCGUCGUUACGGCAUCACGGUCCCGUUACUGAUUAAUUACCGCUGCAUCGAGCCCGACGACCCGUACUUCGCUGAUUUGCCUCGCCUGGACCCCAAGUCGCUCAUCCUGCCGCCGGCGCAACAGUUCUACGACUUGGUGUGCUCGCGGUUGGCCGUGGGUGGCUCACCUCCGAAAGCUGAUGCCCAAGUGCUCGACACCAUUGGCCUUGCCGAAAUCACUCCCUUGGAAACAACGGUGCUCACUCUGUCUGGGGGUAACUUCUUUAAGCUUCCCGGGCGCAUUGGCUGCGCCGGCGAGGUUGGCGGCGCCGUCGACUUAUUUCACCAAAACGACUAUGAGGUGGCGUGCAUGUGUCUGGGCAACGGCGAGGAUAUCAUGACGAUGAAGCUCUCCCACGAGAUCGUCCGCCAAGUGGGGAAACACCCCGAGGACUCGUACCCUGAAGAUAUUGUGCACAUCAUUGAGGACCUCCGCGAAGGGUUCAAUCUCCAGGCAGUGAACACCAAGCUGGAAACCAUCGUGUACGUCGGCGUCGUCGUCACCAUCCACAACCUCACCACGGGCGAGGUGCGCAUCCUCUACUGCCACCUGACGGAGUCGUUUUACUUCGGGUUCCACAACCACGGCGACGACAAGCCCCACGUCGUCUUGAGCAAGUUGGACGACUUCGACAUGGCGGGCAAGCUGUGGACGUACGGCGAGUUUAAAUGCUUGGACCUGUGCUUCACAAAGUUGUCGCUGGCGAGUGAUACGAGCCUGCGGUAG